UAUAUAUAUUGUGCAGAUGUGGGCAGUGCAGCACAUAUGUGGGUUUAUUUUCCUCUCUUUCCUCCUGACGUGUUAGGAGGGAUGUGAUGUCGUCUCUCUCUUUCUCUUUCUCUCUCUCUCUUUCUCUCUCUCGUUUCCAGUUCUGUUGGGAUUUAAAAGCUAUUUCAUGUUAAAAAAAAUUCCGCAAAGAAUUCAGGGAUUUGCGGUUUAUUUACAGGAUACCAAAAAGCUGAAGUCAUGGCAGUUGAAGGGGGAAUGAAAUGCAUCAAAUACCUGAUUUUUAUAUUUAACUUCUUGUUUUGGGUCUCUGGCAUCGCCCUGAUCGUGGUCGGGAUCCUGGUUCAGACCCAGAUGAACGGGACGUUUUUGAUCUCGGACUCCUCUGCCUCGGGAGCUCCCAUCGUCAUCAUCGUGGUGGGUGUGGUCAUCAACUUUGUGGCUUUCUUCGGCUGCUGUGGAGCCUGGAAGGAGAAUUACUGCAUGGUCACCACGUUUGCCAUCUUGAUCACUCUCAUCUUCCUCAUCGAAAUAGCUGCCGCCAUCGCUGGCUACAUCUUCAAAGAUCAGAUCCGUGGUGUGUUGGAGAGUAAGUUUAACGAGACGAUGCACAACUACAGCAACAAGAACGCCAGCAUAGACCAGCUCCAGAAGAAGUUCCAAUGCUGUGGCAACAUCAACUACACUGACUGGUUCUCCAUUCCGCCGUUCAAUAAAACCGUGCCAGACUCCUGUUGCAAGACACCUUCUCCUGACUGUGGUUUGAACACAACCUCUUCCAACAUCUACCAGAUAGGCUGCGUGAAUCUGAUCGACAAGUGGCUUAAGGAGAAUUUUGUCAUUGUGGCGGGGGUGGCACUGGGAAUCGCCUUGUUCCAGCUCCUUGGGAUCAUCUUCGCUUGUGUGCUGAUGAAAGGCAUUCGCAGUGGCUACGAAGUCAUGUAAUCCUCCCCUUCCCUAUCCUUCUCCCAUUUUACCUCCAACCACACCCCCAACCCCAACCCCACCCCCUCCCCCCGCC